UUAUUGGCUUUUGCUGCCGCUGAUGUUUCACAUCUUCACAAUGGCUACGAUUAUCCUGUUCCCGCUCAACCUGAGCCGAUAGAACCACACGAUAGCUACAAUCCGCCGCCACCACCAGCUCCUGAACCACCAGCACCAAAUAACAAUUACAUUCCACCAGCACCACCUGCACCUCCAGUGCGACCAGUUCAUCCACCACCUCCACCACCUCCACCACCACCACCACCAGCGCCACAUAACAAUUACCUUCCACCGGCCCCACCGGCUCCUGUGAGACCAGUUCAUCCACCCCCACCACCACCACCAGCUCCAGUGAGACCGGUCCAUCCUCCACCACCACCAGCUCCAGUGAGACCAGUUCAUCCACCACCUCCACCACCACCAGCGCCACAUAACAAUUACCUUCCACCGGCACCACCGGCUCCAGUGAGACCAGUUCCUCCUCCCCCACCGCCAGCUCCCGUGAGACCGGUUAGUCCUCCACCACCGCCACCUCCACCGGCUCCAGUGAGACCAGUUCAUCCUCCACCACCACCACCUCCACCACCAGCGCCAAAGAACAAUUACCUUCCACCAGCCCCACCAGCUCCCGUGACCCCAGUUCAUCCUCCCCCACCACCUCCACCACCACCAGCUCCAGUGAGACCGGCUCCACCGCCACCUCCACCACCACCACCAGCGCCACAUAAAAAUUACCUCCCACCAGCAGCACCAGCUCCUCAUCCUCCCCCACCACCACCACCAGCACCACCUGCACCGCCAGCUCCAGCGCGACCAGUCGCUCCUCGCCCACCACCACCGCCACCAGCACCGCAAAAUAUCUACAUUCCUCCAGCACCAGCCCCUGAACCAGCCCCUGAGCCAGCUCCUGCUCCAGAGCCAUCUGCUACUCUCGAAGAAGAUGGUUACCAUUAUAAGGUUGCGCGGCAUUUUAGAUUCCGUACCUAAGCGAUUAGAUUUAUGAAGUGAUUCCUGUUA